GGAGGCGUGGCUUCCUCUAAGGCUCUCCCACGCAAUCAUCCCUGCUGCGGGAGCGUUAAUUAACGGGUUUGUUAAUUAAAAACCCCUAAAAUGGCGGAUGCGGGUGGGGCGGGGCCCGUGCGCGAUGGGAGGGCGCGGAGCGCCCCCUGUUGGCCCUAAAGAAACCCAAAAACCCCGAAAAAUGCGCCCCGACGCGCGGGUAGGCGUGGUUUUAUAUGGGCGGUGCUUAUUUGGGCGCGGCUCCGCCGGUGGGGGCGUGGCUCCGGGGGAGGCGCGGCCUCGUAGCGGAAGCGGCGGCGGCGCGGGACGCGCGAGAAUGUCCUCGGGCCGCGCCACAGCUCCGUCCCCGCCCCCCGGGGGGCUCCCCGGGCCCCCCUCCCGCCGCCGCCGCCGGGGCCCGGCACCGGGACCCCCCCCGGGCUCCCCCUCCCCUCCCGCCGUGCCGGGCAGCAAUGACGUGUUCGUGACGUCACGCUCGGAUUUCCGGGCGCAGCUGCGGCGCUGCCAGCGGCUCCUGGCGCCGGGCGGGGGUCCCGGGGGUCCCGGGGAGCUGCGGCUGCACGGGCUGGGGCUGGCCGUGCCCCGCACCAUCAACCUGGCGCUGCAGCUGCAGGCGGGCGCGGGGGGGGCCCUGCGGCUGCACGCCAGCACCUCCUCCGUGCCCCUCCGGGACCGCCGGGACCGGCACCGCGACCGCCCCGAGCGCGGCCACAGCGGCGACCCGGAGGACGGCGGCGACGGGGACCCGCCGCGCCACAACUCGGCCAUCCACAUCCGCCUGUGCCGGGAGGCGCCCUGCGCCUGACGGGGGCCCCAGGCCGCCCCCACCCUCGGGGGGACCCCGAACCCACCCGGAGCCGGUCACGGCCGCCGGGACCCCGCGGGGCCACCAAAACCGCCCCGGGGCCACCAGGAACCCGCGAGGACUGGGGACACCGAGAUGCCGCCCAGAGUUGUUUGAGGCCACCGCGGUGGCCUCGGGGACGCUGUGACCUGGAUGCUUUGGGGACACGGACGACGCCACCGGAGGCUCGAGGCCACCGAGCUGCCACCAACGGGCCAAGGGCGCCGCCAGCCGGGGCCACCUCGAUGUCACCUCGGGUCCCUUGAUGUCACCCCGAGCUCUUGGUGUUACCCCAAAGCCUCGAUGUCAUCCCGGGUCCCUCAGAGCCACCCUGAGCCUUGGUGUCACCCUGAGUCCCUCAGUGUCACCCUGAGCCCUCGUGUCACCCUGAGCCCUCGGUGUCACCCUGAGCCCCUCGGUGUCACCCUGAGCCUUCGGUGUCACCCUGAGCCUCGGUGUCACCCUGAGCCUCGGUGUCACCCUGAGCCCCUCAGUGUCACCCUGAGCCCUCGGUGUCACCCUGAGCCUCGGUGUCACCCUGAGUCCCUUGGUGUCACCCUGAGCCCUCGAUGUCACCCUGAGUCCCUUGGUGUCACCUGAGCCCCCCUCCACAGCAGCCUGGGGACUCUGGGGGGACACGGGGAGGUGACACAGGGAGGUGACACCCCAAUAAAGCCGGUGGCAGCAGCAGCAA